AUGUACUAUCAAUCCUCGUCGUCUAAUAUAACAUCACUCACUGGAAAUACUCCAUUGAUCUAUUUCGAUCCGACAUUUUCCACCCCGAUCUCCUUGUUUGACGAUAAUGUUACCUUGAAUAGCACAUACUCAUCGUCAUUUCUAAUCACAGAUUCCACGACGUUGAAAAAUCUUUCUUGUACCCAAAUCAAAUAUCAAUAUGUUACGCAAAUCACCUUGUUCAAUGUUGUUCGUUACAUAUCACAAAACUUGAAUCGCUUUUUCAUUCUCCCAGCUAUCAUCCUAAAUCUAUGUGCUUUCUACAUUUUACGGCGGACACGAAUGAAUCGGUCGUCAUCCAUUGCAUUCUACAUGCAAAUCUUAGCAUUAUGUGAUGUGGCGUUUUUUGCAUUACGUGUUAUUUUCGGUGAACUGUCAAGUUCAACAACAGGCAAACAAAUUCUAUCGACUGGCUUGUGCAAGUUUCUAUUUCUUAUGGUCAACGCUGUUAAUUAUACAACUGGUUUGUUUAUUUUCAUCGCGUNUCACUCGUGUCUUUCUCUGUUUACACGAACCAACUUUCAAGUCGAAUGA